AUGAAACUUGCACUCUUAACAAUUUUUGCAUCUAUACAUGCUUCAGUUUCAUCAGUAGAGGCAUUCCAAUAUCACCACAUCUCCUCCUCCUCCUUCUCUCCUCCACCUCAGUCCACCCCAAAACCCCCUUCUAUCCCCGGACCUAUAGUAGAUCUAGGCUACGAACGACACCAAGCCAAUUUUAACUCCACAGGCCACUACCAAAACUUCAGCAACAUCCCCUACGCCACACCCCCCCUCGCCAAUCUUCGCUUCGCCAAACCCCUCCCUAUAAAUACGAGUAGUACUAGUACCGGUACAUCUUCUUCAUCCCUCAUAAACAACGGAUCCAUCGGCCAUAUAUGUCCGCAAGCGCAUCCAGACUGGACACAAGACGCAGCUCUGCUCGUCGCACUAUGGACUUUGGGACUCAUUACUAAUGUCGAUCUGACGAACUUGACACCUGAUCCUUUUAAAGAGGGGCCUAGAGAUUGGGAGAGUGAGGAUUGUUUGUUGUUGGAUGUAGUGGUGCCAGAAGGGGUUAUUGAGGCGGUGGAGGAAGAUGGGGAUUUUGUUCCUUUAAUGGUAUGGAUACACGGAGGAGGCUUUACAUUCGGCCAUAAAAAUCAAGAUGGAAGUCCAUAUGGAUUUUUCAACGCCUCGACAUUCCCACAAGACAGCGUACCUAUUCACGAUAGCAUCAUCUUCGUAACAAUCAACUACCGGCUCGGCGCCUUCGGCUUCCUAUCUACUACCCCCUCCACCCCCUCCAACCCCUCAGACUCAGAAACUCAACCAACCGCCAACGCCGGCCUCUACGACCAAGCCCUAGCACUAACCUGGGUCUCCGAACACAUCUCCAAAUUCGGCGGAGACCCCGAUCGCGUAACCGUGAUUGGAGAAUCCGCAGGUGCAGCAUCAAUCUUACACCACAUAACUUCAUACGGAGGAGAAUCCUCCUCCUACUCCUCCUUAAAUUCCCAGUCCCUACCUCGAGCUCCAUUUCAACGCGCCAUCCUCCAAUCCCCUGCUUUUUUCCCAGCCGCUAAUGCCAAGACCGAAAAACAUGUAUACGAAGAAUUUCUAUCCAUAGCCAACGCGCACACAUUCUCAGAAUUAAAAACCAAAUCCUCACCAGAAUUAAUCGAUGCGAAUAAAUUCCUAGUGUCCAAAUCCCCUUAUGCACAAUUUACAUUUGGACCCACAAUCGACAGGUCAUUUAUCCCCAAACCCAUAUCCAUUCUACUGCGCGAUGGCGAUUUCUGGCAAGACAUCGACGGGAUAAUGGUAUCACAUAAUUCCAACGAAGGGCUAUUGUUCACAGAUAUAUCGGCUGUGGAAAAUGAUGAUGCGUUUGCGGAAUUUAUACAUAAGAGUUUACCGGGUUUGAGUGGUGAGGAUGUGGAGUAUGUGGUUAAGGAGCUGUAUCCAUUGCCAGUAGAGGAAAUAGGCAUUGGGAUUGUGGAGAAGAUAAUGAGGGUUGCGAAUGCGACGGCGGAAUUGGGCACGAUUUGUAAUACGCUAUUUUUGAGUGAGGCGUGGGGGGAGGAGGGGAUUUAUAAAUAUGUUUUUGGAGUGGAUCCGGGGGUUCAUGGGCAGGAUGUUGGGUUUUCGUUCUACGAACCCCCCCCCUCCAACCCAACAAACAUAUACAACACAGGAAAAGUACUCCCCUCCACGGUGUUCAUCGCCCAAACACUCCAAAGCUACAUCAUCGGAUUUGUGAAAGAAGGAGAUCCUAAUCGAGGAGGGGUGGGGGGACCCGAGUUUCCGGUGUAUAGGGAUGGGGUUGUGGUUUUGGGGGCGGGGGAUGAUGGAUAUGGAAAGGUGGGGGAGGUGAGGGUGGAGGUGAGGGUGGAGAGGAGGGAUAAGUGGGUGGAUGGGGGGACGAGAGAGAGGUGUAGGUGGUGGGGUGAGGCGAGGUGGUGGGAUGGGGGUGUGGGGGGUGAGAGGGGUACGGUAAUUAAGGAGGGAAAAAAUGAAGAUGAAGAUGAAGAGUAUGGUGAGGUAAUUCCCCCCAAGAUCCAGAAAGAGAUUAGUUUCAAAGAAGGAAAUAAUGAUCCAAAGAAAGGGAACUUGAAGAAUGUAGAGUGGCAAGCUAAAUGGAUGUCCCAGAAUGAGAAGGCAGAUAAAGGACAAGUAGUCACUGGUGAGAUUGGUGACGAUGGAAAGGAUGAUGAGGUUGAAGGGAAAGAAGAACUUAGAUAG